AUGGAAAAUACAAUUCAGCAAAAACAAGUAUCAAAAUCAGAAAUUCUGGAAAAUCUGAAAACUGUUCUGAAUCAAAGAAUGCUUUUUGAGCAUAAGGGGUGCAAUCCAAAUGCUAUUAGAAAUAGCUUUCAUGAUAGUAUCAAAGAUGGUCCAUUAUACAUUUGUUCUUCAUGCAUGCAGACUUUCUUCAAACACUCUGUACAGAGAGUAGAUAGGACAAAAUUUAAACACAGAGAUAAAUUGUUAGCUUGCCUGACAGGUUACAAAAGUGUUGAUGAUAAAGAAUGGAUCUGUAAGGCUUGCGUUGGUGCUCUUGUGUCUGGGAAAAUUCCAGCAUGUUCACUUGCUAAUGGUUUAAAAUUUCCUGAAAUUCCUGAUGAACUUAAGUUAACUCAAUUAGAAGAGCGUUUAGUUGCUCCUAGAUUGACGUUCAUGCAAAUCAGAGAAAUGCCACGUGGAGGACAGUUGAGUUUAAAGGGAAAUGUGGUUAAUGUCCCAGCAGAUGUAAACACCACAGUGAAAACAUUACCAAGGAUGCAGUGUGAUGAAGAUACAAUACUCCUGAAAUUUAAAAGGAAAAUGUGUUAUAAACAUCAUAUGGCAUUUGAAAAGGUAAGACCAAACAAGGUUUUUGAAGCAGCCAAGUGGUUGGUCAACAACAGCAUGUUAUUCAGAAAUGAAGGAAUACAAAUUGAUGAAAAUUGGAUAAACAACUACCAACAACUAAGCGAGGAUGAUAAUUUGUCAAGUGUGGAUGAUGGAAAACAAAAAGAGGAUAGUCCUGGUGAAAAUGAAACAGAUCAGUGGACAGAGGAUGAAAAUUUUGAAAACAGACCAACUGGAAAUUUUGACACAUUGCUUCAUCCAGCAGAUUUUAGGGAAUUUAAUCAAAUUCUUUCUUUAGCACCUGGAGAAGGCAAGACUCCCUUGGGACUAUUUCAGGACAUUUUUUCAGAAUUUCUAGCUUUUCCAACAAUUUACUGUGGUCAAUCUAGACAAGAUAAUUCUUGUAGGACUGUCCCAUUGCACUACAGCACAAUUUGUAAAUGGGAGUUAAGAAAUGUUGACAGAAGAGUUGCUAUGAACCUCCCAAAUAUAUUCUACAAGUUAAAGAAACUGCAGAUCAAGCAGAUAAAGGACAAAGUGUCUUUGGCAAUGAGAAAAUGCAAAACAAAUGGGAAAAAAAUUACAGUAGCAGAGGUCUUGUCCCCAGGUUUCAUUGAUGACGUUGCAAUGCAUGAUGAAGGAUUCAGAGUUCUACGAAAACUUCGAGGUUCACCACCAUACUGGGAGAGUGCAAAAAAAGAUGUUUUUGCAAUGAUCAAACAACUUGGUGUACCAACUUGGUUCUGUUCUUUCUCCGCUGCAGAGACUAGAUGGAUACCUUUACUUCAAUGUUUGGCAAAACUGGUGAAACAAAAAGAAUUGACAGAGCAAGAAACCAUUGAAAUGACAUGGCAAGAGAAGUGUGAAUUAAUCAAAUCUGACCCUGUAACUUGUGCCAGGUACUUCGAUAAUAGAAUCCAGUGUUUCUUAAAUUCUGUCUUGAAAUGCGAGUCUCAUCCUAUUGGUGAAAUUGCUGACUAUUUUGGUAGAAUAGAGUUUCAGCAAAGAGGAUCACCACACAUCCAUCUUCUCCUAUGGAUAAAAGAUGCUCCUGUUUAUGGUCGGUCUGAUAUUUCAGAUGUUGUUCAUUUCAUUGAUGAAUAUGUCACUUGCAAAAAAGACACAACUAUGCCAAGUCUUGUUAAUUACCAAACACACAGACAUGCAAGAACUUGUAGAAAAAAAGGUAAAGCAAUUUGCAGGUUCAAUUUCCCUAUUCCUCCUAUGCCAUCAACUGUUAUUUUAGAGCCAUUGAAUGAGGAAGAAGACAAAAAGGUUGCAGAAAAAAAUUAUUCAAAGGUAGCAACUUUCAUGAAUGAAAUGAAAAAUGUGGAUGCUAUGAGCUUCUCUGACUUCUUGAAAGAAUUACAAAUGGAUCUCCAUACCUAUUUGUUAGCUGUCAGGUCAUCUUUAUGUUGUCCCAAAAUUUUUCUCAAACGUUCACCUUGUGAAACAAGAGUCAAUAAUUACAACACUCUUGCAUUAAAAUGUUGGGAAGCAAACAUGGAUAUUCAGUACAUUCUUGAUCCAUAUGCAUGUGUAUCUUACAUAGUCUCAUACAUCUCAAAAGGACAAAGAGGUCUAUCAAAUUUAUUACAUCAAGCAUGUAAAGAGGCUAGAUCAAGUGAGAGUGAUAUCAGGCAACAAGUAAGAAGAAUAGGAAAUCAGUUUCUUUCUCAUGUAGAAAUUGGAGCUCAAGAAGCUGUUUAUCUAGUCCUGCAAAUGCCACUAAGAAAAUGUACAAGGUCUGUUGUAUUCAUAGAUACAAAUUCAGCAGAAAAAAGAGUUGCUUUAUUAAAAUCAUUCACAGACCUACAACAUUUACCAAAGAAUUCAACUAAUAUUGAGGCAGAUAAUGUUUUGAAGAGAUACAAGCGAAGACCAAACAAAAUGAAUGACUGUAUAUAUGCUGAUUUUGUGUCCUGGUUUGACACAGUUUAUUCUGCACGACAAAAGAAAUCUAUAUUGGUGGAGAGUGAAUUACCUGAAGAUGAUGUUGAAAAUAAUGACGACACCAUGAGUGAAAGUGAAAAUGAAGAAGAAAACAAAUCAGAUAUUAUAGAAUUUAAAGAUGGGACAUUAAUGAGAAAAAGAAAGAGGCAAAAAGUUUUGCGUUACAACAAGAUAUCAGAAAAUGAAAACAAAGAAGAACAUUAUAGACAGCUGUUAAUGUUGUUUACAUCAUGGAGAAAUGAGGAAUGUGACUUGUUGAAUGAAUGCAACUCUUUUCAUGAAAGUUAUCAGAAAAUGGAAGACAUUAUUUUGCUAAAUCAACAGAAAUAUGAGAAAAUUGAUCAACAAUUGCUAGAAACAGCAAUUACAGAUUUUUCUGAGGAUUUUGAAAAUUCUAUUAGAGAGCCUGUUUUGCCUCAAGUUGAUCACCUAGAGCUUAUUGAUUCUUCUGAAGGCCACCAUUCAUCAAGAACUUAUGGUUGUUUUGAUCCAUCUGCAAAUAUGGUUUCCCGUUCCUGUGAGCAACCAUGUUCAUAUGAUCUUGGACAAGACAUUGGAAUCACAAGAAAGCAGUUAGAUGAUUCCUGUUUACCCUUGAAUGAAAUGAGUGAUGAUGCAUUUAGAACUCUUGCUCAGAAUCUAAAUCUUAAACAGAAAGAAUUUUUUUACCAUGUAUAUCAUUGGUUGAAAACAAAGAGUGAUCCUUUGUAUGUUUUCCUCUCUGGAGGUGCAGGAGUAGGGAAAAGUGUAGUGCUGCGUGUUUUGUAUCAGGCUUUACUUAAAUAUUACAAUCACCGUCCAGGAGAAAACCCUGACCAUCUCAAAAUUUUGCUUUGUGCUCCAACAGGAAAAGCUGCUCAUAAUAUAGGAGGAAACACAAUCCACAACACUUUCAGCAUUCCAGUUGGUAGGGGAUUUAAAUUUAAACCUUUAGAUAUGCAGCAGUUGGACACGAUGAGGUGUAAAUACCAUUAUGUCAAGGUGAUUUUUAUUGAUGAGAUUUCUAUGGUUGGUAGUGGUAUGUUCAAUUUUAUUAACUUAAGACUACAAGAAAUUAGAGGAUGUACAAAACCAUUUGGAGGUAUAAGCGUAGUUGCUGUUGGAGAUCUUUUCCAACUGAAACCAGUGAUGGAUUCUUGGAUAUUUACACAAAGAUGUGAUGGACUUCAAGUUCUUGGAACAAAUUUAUGGAAAGACUUGUUUUCUUUCUACGAACUAGAAGAAAUAAUGAGACAGAGGGAUGAUUUAGAAUUUGCACAGCUUCUGAACAGACUAAGGGAAGGAAAGCAUGCAAUUCCAGAAGAUAUAGAUAAACUCAAAUCCAGAAUUACUGUCAAAGAGAAUCUCUCUGAAUCAACUCAGAAAUUGCCACAUUUAUAUACUACCCGUGCUGCAUCAUCAGAACAUAACAUGGAAGUUCUUGCAAGUGUUUCAGAAGCACAGAAAACAUCAGUUGAGGCCAUAGACAGCAUUUCUGGUGAAAUUUCUACAGACCUGAGAAAUAAAAUUCUAGAUAAAGUGCCUGAUGAUUCAUCGAAGACAAUGGGACUAAAAAAAAUGUUGCAAGUGGGUGUUGGUGUACAGUAUGAACUGUGUGUAAAUAUAAAUGUUGAGGAUGGAAUGACAAAUGGUUCUCCUUGUAUUGUCCAAAUGUUGGAUUUCAGGAGUUCUGAAACAGACCUUGCUACACUAAUGAAAUCAGUUGUGGGACACUCUCCCUACCCAAAGAAGAUGACAGUCAAAGUCUUGUGUAGUGACCCAGCAACCACUUAUGUCAACGACAAGAAAGAAAAGAGAGAACUGAUGAAUACUGUUGUUGCAGACAGUACCAAAGCUGUGAAAUGUGUUGUGUAUGAUGCGAAGAAGUUUCACAGAUUCAAAGCUGGCACCACAAUCAUACUGAGAAACAUUAUUCGUAAGCCUGAGGGGAUAGCUGUCACAAGUGCCACAGUUAUAUUUCCUGCAGCAAAAGCACUCAACCUCCCAGCAAGUAUGGAGAAAGAAGGGAUUGCUAUUUUGCAUCCUCCUCCUGCAGAUGUCAAGAGUGUGGUAGAGGCAUUGGCAUCUCCAACAAAAACCAAAGUGUCCGUACGGGGGAAAAUAGUUCAGGAGGAAGCUACACGAUAUGUGACAGUAAAAAAUGAAGAAAAUGUCAAAGUGAAAAACAUCUUCUUGGAGGACUCCACCAAAAAAUGCAAAAUCGCACUGUGGAGGGAUCUGGCUGAUCAGGCAAUCAGACCAGGGGAUUACAUAGAGGUCUCCGAUUGCAUCACAAAUACAUUCAGAAAUGAGGUCUCUUUAUCAACAACAUCGAGGACAGCAAUAACUAAAACAGAGUGCCCAGAAGAAAAAGUGAAAUGGGAGAUAGAGUCUGUUUGUAUUGAAAACGAGAAUACUGCCACCCUAUUACUCAAGGAUGACAAAGUUGUUUCAGCACCUGUGAAGUCCCUCCAGGAUGCUUUCCCAGAGUGCAAGGGCAAGGAAAAAGACUUGGAGGAUUACCUAGUUUCCCUUUGCCGGCCAACGUUAGUGGUAGAGUGUACAUUUAAGGGCAGUGAUUUGUUAGCCAUGAAAUUUUAG